AUGUAUUACAGCAACAAUAAUCUUCUACGUGAACCUACUGUUACCAUGAACAACAAUAACAACCCUGUAAUAUCGCCCACUUCAUCCGAACCAUCUCUUUCCGAAGAUGUUUCCCCUCCAAUCAAAAAUAUUGUCAUCAAAUCAUCUCCACAAAACAAUUUGAUACAGAAUAUCGCUUCGCAUGUCAUUCAAGAGGAUUUGGAACUCUUUGAUGGAACAAAAAGUAGAUCCAUUUCGAACGCUUCUUCCGUUGCAUCAACAACCCGAUUAAUUGAAAUGCACGAGAAGAAUGCAAUAUCAUCAACAAAAUACAUUGAUUUUGCUACAGCGUUCGAUUAUUUUGUAAAUCAGAAAAAGAAUGAAUUGGAUUUGAGUGCUGUAAAAUUUACAAUGAAGGAGGGAGAAUGGACCAACGUUUCAGAAAAUUGUUGUUUUUGCAUGACACGAAGAAGGAGAGUUCUUUACGAGUCGUUAAAUAGCGAUUUACUGGAGGAGCUGAGAACUUAUUUAUCAUUAAUGACUGUUCCAUUCAGUAAUUUAAAUUCAAUUCACACAGAUAUGUGUCUAGAAGUUUUUUAUUCAAUGAUGGGAAGGGAAAUUGGUGACAAUACAACUUCAAAGACAAUUGCUACUAAUGACACUGAGGCCAAACUCUCACAUCCUAACGCUGCCGCUCAUUCAAUCAUUACCAAAGAAUGGGAACUGAUUGGAUUUUUAGGGCCUAAUCUUGAGGAAGAAUUUAGAGGUUUUGGAGUAUUGGGUGCUUUAAUGUUAUUAUAUUUCUGUACACAUCACAAAGAACUAGCUCAAAAGAUUUAUGCUCUUUCUCUUCACGAAAAGAAGCAUUUCCCUUUUGCUAUUUCAGUAUUGCAUUUGCUUAAGAUUGCAAUUGACUUAAUUAAGGGACGGAGGUUUAACAAGUAUAUUAACGAAAAUCACAGCGUCAUGAGUACGAUGCAAAUAGUGCAUGCAGAUAUAUGUAGAGAGUUUCUAAAACUAUGGACAAGCAAAUCAUACACGGAAUUGGAUUUUCAUCACAUCAUUGAGUCCUACAAUUUUGAGAUUGUAAAGAAGGAGAGCUAUGCUAAGAAAUUAUUGCUUUCAGACAUACAACAGUCUGCUCAGCGUGGCCAAUCUCCAAUAUCACAGCAGGGAAGAUCGCCUGCUUCACCUUCAUCUUCGCAUCAAACAACCCUUAAGAAUAGAAACCUCUUCAAAUAG